UCAAAUGAGCUGUUUGCUGUUGUAGGGAAACAUUAGUCCUCUACCAACCAGCCAGCCGGGGGACGACACAUCUCAACUUUUUCCUUGUAUGUGGUGGGGCUUUCUACACUUUGAAGGCGCCCCACAGCGAGGAGUUUUAACAGAAAACUCUCUAAAUUAUUUUCUUUAUUUUUACUUUUUUUGGUUAUUUGUAAGUGUACAACAUCGCAAAGGGAGGUGGGAGACAUGCCUCAGCUCAGCAGCGGCGGCGGGGACGACCUGGGAGCGAAUGAUGAGAUGAUAGCGUUCAAAGACGAAGGGGAGCAAGAGGAGAAAAUUCAAGAAAACGCAUUCACGGAGAGAGACCUGGCCGACCUUAAGUCCUCCCUGGUGAACGAGUCGGAAAUAAAUCAAAGUCCGAGCGCAGCGGCGGUCAGACGGGGACAUCAGGGCGAGCAGAGAGGCUUCCCAGAAAAACACCGGGAGCAUCUCGACGGAGUGUCGAAGCAGCAAGAUGGAGGCAUGUACAAGUCGCCGACGUAUCCGGGGUAUCCGUUCCUAAUGCUGCCUGACCCCUACCUCCCCAACAGCUCCGUUUCUCCAUCCUCCAACAAAGUGUCGGUGGUGCAGCAGUCUCACGGGAUGCACCCCCUUACGUCCCUCCUGCCCUACAGCAACGAGCACUUCAGCCCAAGUCCUCCACACCUGCCCACAGACAUGAGCCAGAAAACAGGCAUUCACAGGCAUCAAUCCCAGGACCUCUCAGGGUACUACUCCCUCCCUCCAGGCGGUGUCGGCCAGAUCUCUCCCUCCAUGGGCUGGCAGAGCCAGCCAGUCUAUCCUGCCCUGUCCCCCUGUGGAUUCAGGCAGCCCUACUCCUCCAACCUCUCCAGCGCCUCCUCCUACUCCAGGUAUCGUAGCCUGCUGGACGGACUGAGCCAGACUGAGCCAAGAAAGUUCCCUCACUCUCUGAUGCUUGGCCCAUCAGGCAUGCAUCCUACAGGGAUCCCCCACCCAGCCAUAGUGCCCCCUUCAGGCAAACAGGAGCACGAUCAGUAUGACAGGGGCAUGUACGUGAAACCACACGUAGAGGCCAAGCGGGAGAAGGAGCCCAAGAAGCCGGUCAUCAAGAAACCCCUGAACGCCUUCAUGCUCUACAUGAAGGAGAUGAGGGCGAAGGUCAUCGCCGAGUGCACAUUAAAGGAGAGCGCCGCCAUCAACCAGAUUCUGGGACGAAGGUGGCAUGCACUGACCCGGGAGGAACAAGCCAAGUACUACGAGUUGGCCAGGAAAGAGAGACAACUCCACAUGCAGCUCUACCCGACCUGGUCUGCCAGAGACAACUACGAGGCGGGCCUUAGCGGGGUCGCAGGGGAAAAGAGUAAAGCUGAUUGGGGCAAAAAGAAGAGGAGAAAAAGGGAGAAGCUUCAGGACUCCAACACAGACCCGGGCUCUCCUAAGAAAUGCCGGGCUCGCUUCGGCCUCAACCAACAAACGGACUGGUGCGGUCCUUGCAGGAGGAAAAAGAAGUGCAUUCGCUACCUUCAAGGAGGAGGCUGCCCCAGCCCAACUUCUUCAGAUUUAAGUGCUAUAGACUCUCCCCCCUCCCCUUCCCCCCCCCCCCACCCCCGCCCGUACCCGCACCAGCUCCCCCCAUCCCCGGGCUGCUCCCCACCGCCCACCUCUCCAUCAACACACCUCCCCUUGUCUCCGCAGACACACACUCGCGCACACACACGCUUACCCCUGCAGCAGUCUGCCAGCAAGCGCGGUGACCUCCGUCCGCCUGCGACCAAACACACCCACACGCACCUGGAACUGACCGGCAAGCAGACACACAGCUCAACGACGGCACUGUCGGCCGCCAAGGCCGCAGGACUUUCUCUCAAAGUGCUAACGGAGUCUCAGUGAUCGCUCUGCUCUGCUCACAUCCCCGUUCACCUCAGCUUCCUCCAGAGCCAUGAAGAUCCCCUUCCUCCACUGCAUUCAUCCUCACAUUUAUCUCAAUCCCUGUGGGCCUUUUGUUUGGUUAAAAUAAGAGUGACUGAGGGUGACAGCCAGCAUUUGCCCCAGAGUUAGAUAGUAGCUUUGUCUCAGUUCAGAGGCUGGAUCCUCCACAGUCUGCGUUUCCAAACAGAGUCCAUCAUCAAAAUGUCAGCCUCCAUCACAUGCUCAAAUCCUUAAUCAAGCCUUCGGGCAAACCUUGGUAACCUGAAAGUCUGGAAAUAUUUGAUAGAUAUGUAGGUCAGGUGGUUACCAAUCACUGAUGAAUUGUUACCAGCCUGGACAUUUUAAUAAAAGAAGGCAAUGAGCAACAAAAGAAGAAAUGACCCAAAAAUUUGCAAGUAAUUGUAA